AUGGGUGGCAACAAAGAACAAACUGAAGAGGAAAUGGACCGGCAGAUCGAAAUGUUCAAGGUCAAGAAACUCAUCAAAAACCUAGAAGCUGCUAGAGGAAACGGUACAUCCAUGAUUUCCUUAAUCAUUCCUCCCGGAGAUCAGAUUUCACGUGUCAACAAGAUGCUUGGUGAUGAAUACGGAACUGCUUCCAAUAUCAAGUCUCGUGUCAAUCGUUUGUCUGUUCUGAGUGCCAUUACUUCCACUCAGCAACGUCUCAAGUUGUAUAACAAAUGCCCCACGAAUGGAUUAGUGAUCUACUGUGGAACUGUCAUCACCGAAGAUGGAAAGGAGCGCAAGGUGAACAUUGAUUUCGAACCCUACAAGCCCAUCAACACUUCGCUUUAUCUUUGUGACAACAAAUUUCACACUGAGGACCUCAGCGAAUUGCUUAUGGACGAUGAAGCCUUCGGGUUCAUUGUCAUGGAUGGUAAUGGAACCUUGUACGGUACUGUCCAAGGAUCCAAUCGUGAAGUCUUGCACAAGUUCUCUGUCGAUUUGCCCAAGAAGCACGGACGCGGUGGUCAAUCUGCCUUGCGUUUUGCCCGUUUGCGUCUAGAAAAGAGACAUAACUACGUCCGAAAAGUGGCCGAAUUGGCCACUCAGCUCUUUGUUACGGACGGACAAAGACCCAACGUCCAAGGUCUUGUCUUGGCUGGUAGUGCCGACUUCAAGUCUGAACUCAUGAGAAGUGACCUGUUCGAUCAGCGAUUGCAAAAGAUCGUACUCAAGAUGGUCGAUGUCAGCUACGGAGGCCUGAAUGGUUUCAACCAAGCUAUUGAGCUCAGCGCUGAUACCCUCUCAAGUGUCAAGUUGAUGAAGGAGAAGAAGUUGCUACAACAAUAUAUGGACGAAAUUGCUCAAGAUACUGGAAAAUACUGUUUCAUGGUCGACGAUACACUGAAAGCCUUGGAAUUGGGUGCUGUGGAAGAUCUGAUUGUCUGGGACAACUUGGACAAUCAGCGAUAUGUAUUGAGAAAUGCAUCAACGUCAGAGAAUGUGAUAAAGCACUUGAAUAAACAACAAGAGACGGAAGAUGCCAACUUUCGCGCCGAGGAUGGAGCUGAAUUGGAAGUCAUGGAAAAGGAACCCCUGGUGGAAUGGUUCGCCAACAACUACAAGCAGUUUGGUUGCAAUCUCGAAUAUGUCACGGAUCGGUCAUCAGAAGGAACCCAAUUCGUGAGAGGGUUUGGUGGAAUUGGAGGUAUUCUAAGAUGGGCAGUCGACUUUGCCGAAAUGAAUUCGUACGAAGAAGCGGCUGCCUUGGACGAUGAUGAUGACGAUGAUGACGACGAUGAGGAUGGUGCUGACGGCGAUGACGAUUAUGGCUUUGACGAUGGUGACUAUGCUUUUUAA